AUGAACAUACAAGAAUGGGAAUCAGCACUGAAAGAAGCCAAGCUGAUGGACAAAUACUCAGAUGUCAUCCACGGAUUCCGCCACGGAUUUGAUCAAGGAAUUCCUAAUCACAAUCUAGGGCCCUCUAUUCCAUACUUCACCCCACCGAACCACCAAUCGGCUCUGCUAGCUCAAGAAAAAAUCGAAGCCUCGAUAUCAAAAGAAAUAGAAGCUGGGAGGAUGUACGGGCCGUACACACACGCCCAACUGAUGGAAAAAUAUGAAUUCUUCAGAUCAAAUCCUCUGGGGGCAGUGGUGAACGGCGACGGAUCAGUCAGGCCCAUAAACGACCUAUCCUUCCCCCACAACGACCCCCAGUGCCCAUCAGUCAACUCGUUCGUCGACAAGCUAGACUACGCCACGACAUGGGACGACUUUGAACGAGUUUCCAAGUUCUUACGCAACCAGAACGAGCCAAUUCUCCUGGCCCUCUUUGACUGGGAGAAGGCCUACCGACAGAUCCCCACCGCCAAAUUGCAAUGGGCCUACUUAAUGGUCAGAGACUUCAACGGCGGCAUACUCAUUGAUACACGAAUCGCAUUUGGCGGCGUAGCCGGUUGUGGCUCAUUCGGGAGACCAGCGGACGCCUGGAAGGAACUCAUGCUACAUGAGUUUGACCUGAUAACGGUUUUUCGCUGGGUCGACGAUAACCUAUUUGUGAAACACCAGGACUCCUCGGUUGAAAUGGAGCAAAUAGUCCAGAGGUCUGAAACCCUAGGGGUAAAGACAAACUCAUCUAAAUACUCCCCGUUCAAAGAAGAACAAAAGUACAUAGGCUUUAUAUGGAACGCGCCGCGGAAAACAGUCAGAUUACCCGACGACAAAAAGUUCCAGCGCAUACAGCAAAUUAAAGAAUUCCUGAUACCUGGAGCCGAAUUCUCCUUCAAACGAGUGGAGGUAAUGGUAGGUCGCCUCACUCACGUCUCGUACCUGCUUCCUCAACUCCGAUGCUACCUCAAUAGCCUGUACCGUUGGAUGAACGCCUGGGUAUACAGGAGCAAAGAACUACCGGUCCCGGAGGACGUCAGACGAGACUUGGAAGAGUGGCUGAGCAUAAUGCUCUCCUUCAAGGAAACCCGAAUGAUCAGAAACCCAGAUCCAACUGAAAUCGGGUGGAUGGGAGACGCAUCGACAAGCUACGGCAUCGGUGUGACCAUAGGCCGAUACUGGGCCCAAUUUCGACUCACCAAACAAUGGAACCAUGGACCCGAACCAAGGCGGGACAUUGCUUGGCUGGAAACAGUCGCGAUAAGAUUAGGACUGAUCGCCCUUACCCAACUAAAGAUCAGACCUGGUAAAACCAUCAUAGUGUGGACGGACAAUACCACCACGGAAAGUGUAAUAUCAAAAAGGAAGGCUAAGAACCCAGCGGUAAACGAAGAAUGGAAAUUGAUACAGAGAUUAUUGGUGGAGAUGGAGAUAGAUAUAGUUUCAAGGAGGGUCAGAAUUGCCAUAGGCCUCAAUCGCAAUACACUCCAACUCUUGAUGCUUGAUCUAACCAAAGUUCGCCACCUCACGAGCAACGGGUCUAACCCAAAGGAACCGUCAGCACUAGACAGGCACUACCUACUUGGAUACAGAUGGAACACUCUACUCAGCUACAAUGCUGCCGUAAAGAAAUACCAGGUGUUCGCCAAAGAGACUGGCAAAGUACCCUACGCACUACCCCUGCUCCCAACCGAUAUCUACGAGUUCUGCUGUUGGGCCGGUAGAACGGCCGAGGGCUCCUCAACACAAGUCGUCACGGCGAACACUCUCCGAAAAUACUUAGCCGGAAUUCAAAUGUGGCACACGUACCACGACGCGACCUUCCCAGAGCAAACUAAGCUCAAAGUUGCAACGAUGCUCAAGUCUUCCGCGUAUCUAGAUGUCGAGGCGCCCAAGAAACCUCAAAAGAGUGCGGUCACCGUUGCUAUCCUCAUCAAGCUGGCGGAGGUUCUCGCGACCGGAGGACCAUUCCAAAGGGCUCUCUUCGAUCUCUGCGUAGUUGCUUUCUGGGUGAUGGCGCGCCUAGUGGAAUUAACAUACAACGAUGAGAGAGGACCGCUUAGAGCACAGGCCUCACUCCUCACAACCGAUGUCCAACUGGGACUAGACGGAAGUCAUGGGUACGCACAGCUCACCAUCCGGGGGGCCAAGACGGCCAACCCAGGAGAGGAACAAGUAAUCCAUCUCAGGAGGCUACCUCACAUGCUGUGCCCAGUCCUAGCCGUCAACCGGAGGCUCACGGAAGCCAGAGCAAACGGAACCCAGGACAACGACGGGAGCAACUCGCUCUUCGGCUUCUCAGAGCCAGGCAGUGGCAGACAACAUAUCACAAAACCCAUGGCCACUCGGGCCCUAGACAAGAUCUGGAAAACUUAUGGCUUCGUAGGGGUGUCCGGCCACUCCUUUCGGGUAGGAGGAGCUUCUCUCCAGCGAGCGCUGGGGAUGCCCAUCGAGCUAAUCUGUUCAAGAGGGCGGUGGAGCUCCGAUUGCUAUAAACUGUACCUAAGGGACUUCACGGACGACACGCUAAGGUCCACCAUCGCGCUCUUGGACCAAACUAGAAGAAGCGUGGCUCGUGUGAACGAAGAGACCUCGUACUCAAGAUUCCCAUUGUACACUCUUCCCCCUCAUCUCGUAAUACAACCAACCACCCUACCCCCUUGUGACCGGGUUCCUAGUGUGAUGGGUCGACUGAGCGGGCACCGCUAG